CUGUCACUCGUAGUGUUUAACGCCCCCUUUCGCAACAAGUUAGUGUGUGAUUGUAAACUACCUCAACUACCCAGGAUCACCCAUUUUUAAUGUGUGUGUGUGUGAUUCUCUGACUCAGCACAGUCUGUGUGCCCCGGGCGAGCCCCCUGCUUCCGGUGGCUGAGCCGCACCAUGGCUGCUGGAGAGGGCCAGCUACAGAGGAUUAUCAGGGAUCUGCAGGAUGCCGUGGCGGAGCUUUCUAAGGAAUACAGGGAGAGCGGGGAGCCCAUCACCGAUGACAGCUCCAACCUGCACAAGUUCUCCUACAAACUGGAGUACCUGCUGCAGUUUGAUCAGAAAGAGAAGACCACCUUUCUGGGCACACGCAAGGACUACUGGGACUACUUCAGCGACUGCCUGGCUAAGAUAAAGGGGGCCAACGAUGGCAUCCGCUUUGUCAAGUCAAUCCCUGAGCUGAAGACGUCCCUGGGCAAAGGCCGAGCCUUCAUCCGCUACUCCCUGGUGCACCAGCGGCUGGCCGACACCCUGCAGCAGUGCCUCAUCAACCACCGCGUCACCAGUGACUGGUAUUACGCUCGCAGUCCCCUCCUCAAACCUCACCUGAGCGUUGACAUCAUCGGUCACCUUUACGAGCUUAACGAGGUUCAGUUCGAUGUUGCGUCCAGGGGCCACGACCUGGACUCUGCCUGGCCAACCUUCGCCAGGAGGUCUCUGGGGCCAGGCUCACCUGGUCACCUGUGGAAACCGCCCAGCCGGAGUUCUAGCAUCAACAGCCUGGCCAGCACCUUCUCACAGGCUCAGGAGUUCCCCUGCAGUCCGGACUUCGGGCUGUUGGACGAGUCCGGUGAGCUGUGCGAGCCGGCGGACGCUAGCGGGGGCGGGGCCGGGGGCGGGGCCGGGGCGGUGGAGGCGCUGCGGCUGGAGCUGGACCAGGCGGAGCUGCAGCAGCGGGAGCUCCUGGAGCGCCUGCAGCAGAUGGGCGGGGAGGGGGCGGAGCUUCGCCGGGUGACGGAGCAGCUCCAGGCCCAGCUCGACGUCUCGCUGACCUCCCAGGAGGCCGAGCGGCGGGACUCCGCCCGCCAGCGGCAGCAGCUGGAGGAGCGGGCGGAGUCCCAGGCUCGGGAGGCGGAGUCUCUGAGGGCGGAGUCCCGGGCCAAGGAGGCGGAGUCUCGCGACCUGCGGGCCAAGCUGGAGGGGGCGGAGCAGAGGAACAGCGAGCUCCUUUCCCGCCUCCAGGGGGAACUCUCCGAAAAGGGCCAGCAGACUGCCAGUUACUUUGACUCCGCCCAGAAGAUCCACGAGCUGCUAGACCAGCUGAAGGAGGUGGAGAGGGAGAAGCAGGAAGCUCAGCGGGAGGUGGAGGAGCAGAGGGCGGAGCUUAGCAGGGCGGAGUCGGCCCUGGUGGAGAGCGAGGCCAGGCUGGUCGCCUUGACGAUCUCGGCGGGCGCAGACAGUGCGCGAGUGCAGGAGCUCCGCGCCUCCCUGGAGCAGCAGCAGGGGGCGCUCUCCCAGCGGGAGAAGGAGGCGAGCCGUCUGCAGACGCGGCUGCAGGAGGCGCGGGGCUCGCUGGAGGCUCGGGAUCGGCAGGCGGAGGAGGAGAAGGAGGAGCUGCGCCGCCUCCACGCGGGCCAGAAGGAGGCGCUGGAGAGCCGGGCCCGAGACCUGGAGGAGCGUCUCAGGGCCGGGGAAGAGGAGCUGGUCGCCAGCGAGGAGCGCGCCCGCGGCCUGGAGCAGGAGGCGCAGGCCAGGGCGGGGCUGGAGGCGGAGCUGAGGGAGCAGGCCAAGAAGCUGGAGGAGUACAAGGUGCAGUGCGGCAGCCUGAUGGAGCUGAACGGCUCCCUGCUGCAGACGGUCAAGCGCAACGAGGAGGCGGCGCGGGGCCUGGCCGAGGAGCGGGCGGGGCUGCGGGCGCGGCUGGAGGGCGCCGCGGCGACGGGGGAGGAGCGGGAGAGGAGGCUGGAGAGGGAGAACCGGGAGCUCCGGGAGGAGCAGGCGGCCGUGAAGGAGGCGCUGGCCUCCAUGCAGGCAGAGCUCCGCUCCAUCGGCGCGCAGAUCUCAGAGCUGGAGGGCAGCCUGGCUGCCUCCCGCAGGAGAGAGGCGGAACUGCAGGACCAGCUGAGGGAGCGGGAGAGGGAGAGGGCGGAGCUACAGGAGCAGGAGAGGGAGAGGGCGGAGCUACUGGAGCAGGAGAGGGGGAAGUGGGAAAAGGAGAGGGUGGAGUGGAAUAAAGAGAGGGUGGAGCUGCAGAAGCAGGAGAAGGAGAGGGCGGAGCUACAGGAACAGGAGAGGGCGGAGUGGGAGAAGGAGAGGGUGGAGCUACAGAAGCAGGAGAAGGAGAGGGCGGAGCUACAGGAACAGGAGAGGGCGGAGUGGGAGAAGGAGAGGGUGGAGCUACAGAAGCAGAGGGCGGAGUGGGAGAAGGAGAGGGCGGAGCUACAGAAGCAGGAGAGGGCGGAGUGGGAGAAGGAGAGGGCGGAGCUACAGAAGCAGGAGAGGGUAGAGUGGGAGAAGGAAAGGGCGGAGCUACAGAAGCAGGAGAGGGCGGAGUGGGAGAAGGAGAGGACGGAGCUACAGAAGCAGGAGAGGGCGGAGUGGGAGAAGGAGAGGGCGGAGCUACAGAAGCAGGAGAGGGCGGAGUGGGAGAAGGAGAGGGCGGAGCUACAGAAGCAGGAGAGGGCGGAGUGGGAGAAGGAGAGGGCGGAGCUACAGGAACGGGAGCACGAGGCAGGGGCACGACUCUCGCGGGCGGAGGCCCAGCUGGAGCUCCACCUGGGCGAGGUCUCCCGGCUCCAGGAGGAGGUGCUGGGGCUGCGGACAGAACUCCGCCGGGCUUCAGAGGAGGAGGCGCGGGCCAGGAGCCGACUGGAGGCCGCGGAGGCCGAGAGGGACGAGCUGAGGUCCCUGGGGGAGUCCCUGAAGGCGCAGCUGGAGCAGAUGAACCGUGGGCAUGUGCAGGAGCUGCAGACCUGCAGGCAGGAGGUGGAGGCCCUGAGGGCGGAGACGGAGCGGGAGGCGUCCGAGGAGCUGGCCGGGCUGAAGGAGCAGCAGGAGGCGCUGGCCGGGGAGCUGGCCGACGCCCGGGAGGGACUGCACCGAGCCAACACAGAGACGGCCGAGCUGGGCGUGGCCGUCUGCGCGCUGACCGCCGAGAGGGAGGAGGCGCAGAGGGAGCUGGCGGGGGCGCGGUCCGGGCUGGAGGAGGCGCAGGCGGAGCUCCAGGACCUGCGGGACCAGCUGGAGAGGGCGGAGGGCCGGGCCCGAAACCUCCAGGAGUCCCACGGAGAGGAAGUGGCCGCCGCCAGGUUCCAGAUGAGCAGCGAGGCUAUCAGCUACCAGAAUCAGAUCAAGAGUGCCAGUGAGGAGGCGGUCACUUUGCGGGGCCAGCUGACUGCAGAGCAGGAGAAAGUGCGCCACCUGGAGGCCAGGCUGUCUGAACUGGAGGCUGCAAGCAGGAAGAACUCUCUGAUGGUGGACGAGAAGGACUCCGCCAUCUCAGAACGGGAUGCUGCGAUUGGACAGAAGGACGAAGAGCUGCAGAGGCUGAGAGAGAGCUUAGAGAGGACUGAGGCAGACCUGCUCUCUGCACAGAGCCGCUGUCAGGAGCUGAAAGGCGAGCUGGAGGUCGCUGUUGCUGAGAGAGAAAGCCACGCCCUGAAGAUGGGGGCCGAGCUGGACGACCUGAGCAGGACCAAGAGCACCCUGGAGGAGCGGCUCAUCGAGCUCAUCAGGGAUAAGGACGAGCUGUGGCAGAAGUCUGACGCUCUGGAGUUUGAGCAGAAGCUGCGGGCGGAGGAGCAGUGGUGGCUGGUGGACAAAGAGGCGACGCACUGCCUGCGAUGCCGGAGCCAGUUCACCUGGUUACUACGGAAACACCACUGCAGGCUGUGCGGGCACAUUUUCUGCUACUACUGCAGCAACAACUUUGUGAUGACCAAGCUGGGCGGGAAGAAGGAGCGUUGCUGCGGCGACUGCUACUCUCAGCACAGCGCCGUGACGGAGCGCCUCACUCAGGCCGAGCUGGGCCACACGGCCCCACCCCCCGGUCCCGGCUCCGCCCCCGGCCCCGCCCCCUACACGCCCAUGCCCAGGGUCACGGUGACGGACCCCGCCCCCAGGCCCGAUGACGCGGUGUAUGACAUCAUCACGGAGGAGGAGGUGAACGGCGUCUACGACAGCGACUCCCUGUCCCAGGCCACCGGGGAGUCUCCAGAGAGAGAGACGGAGACGAGCUCACCACAGGCCAGCGCAGAGCUGGACUCGAGCACAAGCAGAGGAGACGGAAGCACUGAGGACCCAGAAGAACAGACGCCGACAGUGCAGGAUGCUGAGAUAUACCUGCUGAAGUCUGGAGAACUCACGCAGAGCGUUUCCCUCACCGCGGAGGAGAUGGUGCGGUUCGGCGACGGCUCUCGCGAGCUCUUCAUCAAGUCCAGCUGCUACAGCGUCGUCGCCAUGGAGCUGCAGACGGCCGGCCCCACCAUCAGCUGGGUGUUCUCCUCGGAGCCCAAGAGCAUCUCCUUCAGCGUGGUCUACAGGGAGGGGGCACAGACCCCACUGGAGCAGGCCACGGUGCUCAUCCCGCUCACCCGCUGUGACGCGCACAGGGAGACCAUCCAGGGCCAGCUGAAGGCCCGAAAUCCGGGCACCUACCUGCUCAUCUUCGACAACUCCUACUCCAGGUUCAUCUCAAAGAAAGUUUUCUAUCACCUGACAAUCGAGAAGCCAAUCAUCUACGACGGAAGCGACUGUCCGUAGCCGGGAAGACGGGAUUCAGCACCUGCGUCUGUUCGUCUGCAUGUUAUACCGCCCCCUUCUGGGCACCUCCGCAAUACCCGACCUUCCAAAUGCUGGACGUUUGCGUGGUGAAGUCCAGUGCAGCUCCGCAACGGAGAGAAGCUGUGCUGGACUUCACCCGCGCAAGUACGCUGGCCUUGCCGUUCCUCGCUGUCUGGUCUCCUGUGUGUAUUUGUAAGGUCGCGUCUUUAAACGCGUGUGCCUUAGCAUUGGGGGGGAAGCUCUUAGCACGUGUGUGAUACCAGCCCUGGUGCCGCACAGUGCAUUUUCAUUCAUUAAAUACUGCCAUUAGCGUUUAUACUACCUAGCGUUUGAAAAAAACAACAACAAAAAAAAAACAAAGACGCAGCUCGCUCGUGUGUUCAGGAGAUUUGUUAGAUGUAGACGCAAAAGUGGGUGUUAAAUUCAGGCUAAAGCUUCCUGAGUGACAGGCAAAUGCCGUAUAAAAACAGUUUUAUCAGGAAUUAUGCACUACGAAACAUAACAAAAAACAAAAAAUAAGAAACAAAGAAACUAUGCAACUGUGUUCAGGAUCUGUAGAAGAGCAAAUGGCUUAAAUCAAAAAACCGGUAAGAACACUCAGUUUGGUUACCUAGCAACAAUGUGACGUCUGCGGGCGCCUGCCUCCGGGUGGCGCUAUAGCUCGGAAACCCGCUGGAUGAUCGGAGAGCGCUGCCUCCUUGACGUGGACGCGGUUAAUGAACACAAGCGGCUCUGCCUGUUCUGUACGGAAAGCUUUGGCUGGCUCUCUAAACGAGCAAACGCAGCCUGAGGGUUUCACAGCGUGUGAUGGAGGUGCUAACGUGCUAACGCAGCCGCGUUACAGCGUGUGAUGCAGAUGCUAACGUGCUAACGCAGCCAUAGGGUCUCACAGCAUGUGAUGAAGGUGCUAACGUGCUAACGCAGCCAGAGGGUUUCACAGUGUGUGAUGCAGGUGCUAACGUGCUAACGCAGCCAGAGGGUUUCACAGUGUGUGAUGCAGGUGCUAACGUGCUAACGCAGCCAGAGGGUUUCACAGUGUGUGAUGCAGUGGCUAACAUGCUAACGCAGGCAGAGGGUUAAUAUGAUGACCUUUGACCCCAGCCUCCUCGGAGCUUCUGAUUGGCCCAUUUAAAAACACAGGCUGCUUUUGGGCCUCCGCUCCUCUUCCUCCUCCCUGUUAGCAGCGGCGGGAAAACGUUGACGAUGUGACGGUGUCGCCGCCGCGCUCACCGACGUGAGAACGCUGUGCCUUCGCCAGGGUUUCGAAACUUUCAGAAACAACCCCCCCCCCCCCCCUCGCAAUAGGACAGCUUGAUCUGUAAGGCCGCUUUGAAAUCCGACCUGGAUUUGGGGUGAUAUUUCCCCGGCCCCCCUCCUGGAAACUGUGGGUAAUUCAGCGAGUGGGCGAUGCGGGGGACGCGUCAUUCGCCGCCGUUCCCGCCCAGGCCCCCGCAGUCGCUUUAGGCCCCGAAUAGACGCUGCAAAUCACAAGGGAGAGCCCGGAAAAGUCACGACGAACCCUGCAUUCUGCUGACCUUUUGUCGUCUAAAAGGAAAGAUCAUUAUCUUAAUUGCGUUCCUAAGAGCUUCGUACAGCUGCAGACCUACCUUUUCUUUCUUCAGGGGCAAUAUGAAACUCUGAAAAUGAAAAAAAUGGUCCUUCUAGACCAUGGGUUGGCAACUGGUGACCUGUGGGAAAAAUCUGGCCUCCCAGCAAUAUUUUUUGGCGCGAGGUUGUGUGGACUAAUCAACAUCUCCCCCCGGAUUAAGCAGCAGAAGCAAGAUCAGAUUCGAUUUAAUUAAAUUUUAUUUAUUUAUUUUCUAAUUGCAAAAGAAAGAAUAAUUUAGUACCUCUUUCACCGCAAUUCUUUCAGCGCAUAUAUAUGGGAUAUAUAAUUUGAGGAGCGUGAUUCUCAGUGCAGUUUUUUGUCACCUGUAGCACACUGUGCACUUCAUCACCUGUAACACACUAUGCACUUCCUCACCUGUAACACACUGUGCACUUCAUCACCUGUAACACACUGUGCACUUCAUCACCUUUAACACACUACGUACUUCCUCACCUGUAACACACUGUGCACUUCCUCACCUGUAACACACUGUGCACUUCAUCACCUGUAACACACUGUGCACUUCCUCACCUGUAACACACUGUGCACUUCCUCACCUGUAACACACUGUGCACUUCAUCACCUUUAACACACUGUGCACUUCCUCACCUGGAACACACUAUCCACUUCCUCACCUGUAACACACUACGCACUUCAUCACCUGUAACACACUGUGCACUUCAUCACCUGUAACACACUGUGCACUUCCUCACCUGUAACACACUAUGCACUUCCUCACCUGUAACACACUGUGCACUUCCUCACCUGUAACACACUGUGCACUUCAUCACCUGUAACACACUAUGCACUUCAUCACCUUUAACACACUAUGCACUUCCUCACCUGUAACACACUGUUCACUUCAUCACCUGUAACACUAUCCACUUCCUCACCUGUAACACACUGUGCACUUCAUCACCUUUAACACACUAUGCACUUCAUCACCUGUAACACACUAUGCACUUCAUCACCUUUAACACACUGUGCACUUCCUCACCUGUAACACACUAUCCACUUCCUCACCUGUAACACACUGUGCACUUCCUCACCUGUAACACACUAAGCACCUCAUCACCUGUAACACACUACGCACUUCCUCACCUGUAACACACUGUGCACUUCAUCACCUGUAACACACUAUGCACUUCAUCACCUGUAACACACUAUGCACACGUCGGGUAUUUAUCAUGUACAAUACACAGGAAACAUAAAACUUGUUUCUUUGUUUUAGGUUUUUACAAGUUUCUACUUUUAGCUUUUAGAGUACGUUGAAGUUUAAAAAAUGUAUAAUUGAGGAUUUGUGUUUUUAUUGUACUUAUUACUGUAGGAGCCAAAUGUUGUAAUGGCAAGUGGGCUAAUUUUGGGCCUUGCUUUAUCUUUAUCAGUGUCAAAAUUCUGGAGCAAUAUGGAGAGCAACAAAAACUUGUUUUCUCAGAUAAUUCUGCCACUAUCUUUUUUAUAUAUACUAUAAAACAUUAUUUUCCAGUAUUUACACACUAAAAAUAUUUGGAUACAGCUUUUUUGUGGAAAAUUAUAUAUUUAUAAAAUACUUCUAUAUUUUGUAUUUUAUAAAAACUCACACAUCAUUGAAUUUUGUAACGGCAUAUUGAAGAGACUUGUUCAAGCAAGACUGAUAAGAUUUUUAAUAAAACUUUCUAAGAGUUUCGAUUUCACUUGACACAUUGAGGGGUGGGUCUGGAAGGACUGGAUGGAAAUAUGUAUUCUCUGAUUUUAUUAGAUGUUUUCAUGGUUAUGUAUGGUGAUUAUAAACAUGAAAUUUAAGCCAUGAAGUAAAAUGUAAAGGCUUUGAUUUUACCGUGGAAUAAAUGGUAUUGAUGAUGGUGUGCUGCUUGCUAGUUGUUGUUUUUCAGUUCAACGUUCUUGCGCUGACAGAAGGAAGGGUUCCAGAAGGCUCUGUGUCUACAUAGUGGAAUCCUGCCCAGUUUGUGGGUACUUUGUCAGGCAGAAUGGUUCAGUCUGGGAUCUUUUUCGCACUUUUCACACCUGCCACAGAGGGUCCCAUGAAGAACUGAAAGGGCUUCCCCAUUUGGUGACAGGCCAACAAACGCUUUUUGAGAGUAUGGAUCUCUGAUAUAUUAUGCUUUAUGAUUAUGAAAUAAACACUAUUAGAACCAUG